CAGGGCAGGGCUGGGAUAUAUAUUACGACUUCUGUCCUAUAAAGAGGAAGCCGAGAAGGGUUUCCCCCUCCAUUUCAAAGUCUCCGCCUGGCAGUGAUUUGCUACCUCCAAGUAAGCCAACGCAACAGGUUUGCAAAGACUUCCUUGUAUUAUACCUCCAAGAAAACUGCAGCUGAAGAGCAUGGCUUUCUGAGAAGCAUUUGUGAGGUUGUGAUCAUAGUGAAACUGUGGUGUUUUCUCCUCUUGCGCUUUAUCUUCUUGACCUGGGACCAUCAUGAGCUCCAAGCCAGAGCCACCGAAAAGGAACCGGAGCAAGAUUUAUACCAGCUUGUGGGAUUUUAAAGGGAUGACGGAGAGUGAAAUGAGCUUCCGGGCAGGAGACCUGUUCCAGGUGAUAGAGAAGACGGGGGAUUGGUGGUGGGCCAAGAAACUGGAUGCCUUGGGCAAGAAUUCACAAGAAGGUUAUGUCCCCUCCAACUACUUGGCCAAGCAGGAGACCGUGGAAGCGGAACCGUGGUUUUUUGGGCAGAUCUCCCGUUCUGAAACCGAACAUCGGUUGAUGUCAGACGAAAACAAAACAGGAGCCUUCCUGAUCCGGAUCAGUGAGAAAAUGGGAGCUGAAUAUGUUUUGUCAGUGCGAGAUGACUCACUGGUGAGGCACUACAAGAUCUUGCGUAACGCGCAGGGGGAUUUCUACAUGAAUCCUGCCCGGCCUUUUCCAGAUCUGCCUUCUCUGCUCCAGCAUUACAAGGGGAAAGGGCUCACCCAUGGGUUAAAGCCUUUGACCCCUUGCUACAAGCAAGAGCCCAAGUCGAUGCCACACUGGGAUGACUGGGAAAGGCCAAAGGAAGAAUUCAGCCUCAUCCGGAAAGUGGGCGCAGGUUACUUCGGAGAAGUCUAUGAAGGAUACUGGAAGGACAGAGUCAAGGUGGCCAUCAAAGUCCUCUCCAGAGAUGACUUGGCACACCAGGACAUGUUCAAAAACGAAAUCGAGGCCAUGAAGAAACUGAGGCACAAACACAUUCUCUCACUUUAUGCCAUCUCUUCUCUUGGGGACCCUGUUUACAUCAUUACAGAAUUCAUGAGCAAAGGGAACCUGCUGGAAUUCCUCCGAGGUCCCGAAGGAGAAUGGUUACAAAAAGUAGAGCUGGUGGACAUUGCGUCCCAGGUGGUCGAGGGGAUGUGCUAUUUGGAGUCCCAGACUUUUAUCCAUCGGGAUUUAGCUGCCAGGAACAUCUUGGUGGGAGAAAACAACAUCUGCAAAGUGGGAGAUUUUGGAAUGGCCAGGCUUAUCAAGGAUGACAUCUACCUCUCUUAUUCCAGCAACAUUCCCUACAAAUGGACGGCACCAGAGGCACUUUCCCAUGGGCGCUACUCCGUCAAAUCUGACGUUUGGUCUUUUGGGAUCCUUCUCUAUGAAAUCAUGACUCUUGGACAGAACCCUUACCCAGGUAUGACCAAUGGUGAAGUUUUCAAGCAUGUCCAAACUGGAUUCAAGAUGCACUGCCCUCUGAAUUGUCCUCCUACGAUCUACGGCAUCAUGUGCAAAUGCUGGAGACUCAACCCGAAUGAGCGGCCGGACUUCAAGAAUCUCAAAGGGGAGCUACAGAGUUACACUCACUAUGAGAAUCCAGAAUGAAGAUUUAAAAUUCUGCAACAUCUUUGUGAUCACCAGCAUCUUGAAAUUUGCAAAGUCCUAACAGAUGCUGAGGGGAGAGUCCCUGUGUAGGUGGUAUCAUACUGCCUUUGAUAACAAUAAUGGGGAAUUCAUAUCACUGUCAUGUUUGCGUUGUGCAUUGUGGUUCAGGGAGAUAUAUUUGUAAUCGACACUUGCAAAAGACGCCUGGAUUUCCACCUGGAUAUAGAAACCAUCAUCCACAAUCGUGCACAAGGAAGGGGAAAUCAUGCACAAGCAAGGGGAAGUCCACCUACGUGACUGGAUUUGGAAAAAAAGCAAAGAGGAUACAGAGAAGAAGAGCCAAUAGUGAAAGUUGUACUUCCAAGAAAAAACUCAGUGGACUCUUGUAUUUCCUUCAUUAUUUGAUGGUGCAAUAUGCACUCUGCAAUAUUUCUAUUCAAAUUGGCAGUGUUUCCACAUUGAUUUUUGAGUUGCACUUGGUCCAUGCUCCAAAGAAGGGGCUCCCGAGGCUGCGUUUGUCUAUGGCACAACAACAAAGACCCUAGACUGAAGAUUAUGUGGUCCUUUAGAAUUGAAACUGCUCAUAGGAAAGUUGGAAUGUGUGCUAGGCAAAUCUUUCAGAACAAAUUGCUUCAUUUCAGGGGACUGCAGUCAACUUUCAAAACAGCUCCAUGGCACCUGUUAUGUUGCAUAAACCACUCACAGAUUGUGUUUAUUGGGGGAGAAAGAGUUUUAUUUACAUCACUUGUGAAGGGAAUCCAAGUAAAUACUGUGACACCAUAGGUUAACUUAUUGUAUUAAAAUGAGUUCUAUUUG